AUGGAGCGUGAUGGCCUCCUCAUUCCGCUGGUCCAGCGGUGGUUUGAUGAGACAAGUUGCCACGCUGCCACCCAACAGAGUAUGGCUUCCGGAAAAGACACCGGCAUUGACGACCUCUUUUCGAGCCUCACAAUAACACAGCCUGGCAACUGUUCUUCCUCCAGUGAUAUUUCAUUUCCUCUUCCCCAAGGGGUUGGAAGCUUGUCAGAUCCUCCUUGGAGUGAUAUUCCGGGUUCGCCCUCAAGAAUUGAUGUAUCACAGACCCCCUCCGAUGGUCAAAAGCGCUACGAUAUGCGCCCUAGGGAAGGAAAUGACUUCGUUUCAUCAAUAAUUGGCGAGAUGUCGAAUCUUUCAAUCCUCCAACAACCCCUGUCUGAGUUUUGUCCAAAUAUCAGCGACCCUCUAGCGAGAGACUCUGUGUGGGCGAAGCUAAGCAGUCCCUUAGAGCGUCGCGAUUUUGAGACAGGAGCACUGUACAUAUUCGAGCGAGAUGGCUCUCCUGGCCACGUCAAAAUUGGUUGGACAGCAGUGACGAUCGAAGCCCGUCGAAAGGCUUGGGCAAUGCAUGGAUAUGAGCCUAGGAUUUUAUUCGAGAUCCUGGAUGUGCCGUACGCACAGCGUGUCGAAACACUGACCCAUUUCGAAUUGAUCAAAGAGUGGCGCCAGGAGGUGAAAUGUAGGGCCGAGGAAUGCCAGGUAAAACACCGAGAAUGGUUUGAGGUUACCAAAGACAAAGCACAGCAAGUGUUGGGCGACUGGGCUAAGUUCAUUAUCAGAGCUCAACCAUACAACCAGGACGGAUCAUUGGAUGAGAAGUGGAGGAAGAUCAUCAACGUGAUGGAGGAGAAAGGAGACGCGAUUACUGCUGCAAGCAUGCUGAAAAACAUUGAUAUGUCUUUCGUUGAUGAAUCCACACUUGUUGACGACUCCGCAGACCUCAACUCUGUGCAGGAUGUGGAUCACACAGAUGACCUUAAGGAUCAAACUCCUUUUGGCAAGAAGGUGUCUGAUAUGUCCAGCGAAUUCCUUCUUGCCAGGAAGCUUGAGAAAGUGUCGUCGCGACUUCGGUCUUCUCUUGUAAUGAGCGAGGGACCGUUCACUCAAGUGGCGUUAUCGCAAGUCGCUGAACGGCAGCCCUUGAUCAAGCUGACGUUGGAACCGGAGUGUCUGCCGACGAGUCAAUCACAAGUCCAGACCAGGAAACUGGCCAGCGCGCCACUCAGAGAAAUACCAGCUGUUCAGGCCGAACAGAAACCCUUGCCGUCGCUAGAAUCACUGCUGAAUGAAGGUUCCAGUGAAAUGACAAACGGCCAAUCCACCAGCCAGUCGCUGUUCGCUGGGAAGCCAACGUCCCAGACGACGUCUCGUUUACGUGCUGAAACAUCCAAAUCGACCACCAAUUCGCCUAUGGGCGCGGGAAAGAAUUUCUUUCAACUUGACUCGUUUUCAGAGCGUGAGCCACCGUCCGGUCAAUCACAUUCACUGAGUGAUCCAUCCGAGGAGUCAGUGUUCCAAUUUGGACCACCAUUGAAGAUCGAGGACAAAGCACCCUCGCCUUCCAGCUUUCAAUUCGGCAAGACCUCGCUUCAGCUCGAAAUGUCGCCGAACAAGCCCUCAGCUCCAUCGAAGUUGCAAUCGACUAGUUCACAAUAUGAGGGCCUUUUAUUUUCAUACGGGCCUCCGCCAAAGACAGAUUCUGCUCCACCAACAUCGUCUAUGUUUCGAUUCGGGAAGCCUCCAAUCUCAUCCACGAUAUCAUUCGAGACCAAAUCACUUCUAAGUCCUUCACAGUUAUCCAACGCUCCAUCAGAGAAGGCUGGCUUCAAAAUUGAUCUAUCAUCCAGGUCUGGGACCGGGGCCGGGGCUGGGGCUGAGGCUAAGUUUUCAAUGCCCUCUAGCUUCCAGCCUGGUGGAUUGGCAUUCCAACAUGCAUUACCGCAAAAAUCAGCAUCAGCCACAGCUCUACAGCUGCUCAAUACUACGAGGGAAACCUCAAUAUUCCAAUUUGACACACUAUCCAUAAAUGAGCGGACUUCGGCCGAAUCGACAUCGCCCACUUCUCGUUCAUCGGUGGAUCCGUUACACCGAUCACGGGUUAGAUCACCGUUGUUUGACGAGGCAGCAUUUCCUACCAUAGCAUCCCCCAGGACGGAGUCUCCGGAGCUGGCGUUUCAGUCCGUGUCUCCAAACAAGAAUGCGGCACUAGACCAAGGAUUGCGGUCGUCAGGGCUGAAUUUUGAUAAGGCUGGGAUUCUAGCCUGGCAAUUGUCCAAGACGGAGCCAGUAAGUCAGCAGCCGCAGUCAGAGAAAACGCGCCAAUCACCCACAGAGGAUACACUCUUCCAAUUUGGAUCUUCAUGUAAGACAAUAUCGCCCUUCAAGGUGCAAGUACCACCAGCACUCCCCUCGCACUUGACGAGGGAGUCUACUUUUCAGUUUGGAGGUUUAUCCACAAUGGAACCAGUUUUCAAAGGAAAAUCGGUGUCAACAAUCCAAAAUGAUAUCACGGGAAAUCAAGUAUUCAAUUUUAGGGCAUUGCCAAAGAUUACCCAGCCACAUCAGCCAGAGAGCACCCAGUUGCAAAUCGCCAAACCACCAUUGUUCCAAUUUGGAGUCCCGAACGUGAGCGAAACCCUGGUGAAGGAAACUCACAACUGGCCGAUUAGUGUUGUGUCCUCGAGGGCAGCGCUCGCGUUAGAGGGCUCAGAAAACUCUGUCCAGGUAUCCCAGAUGAUCUCAACUUCGAGCACAGGACAUACGCCCAAUAGCAGGAAUGGACGCGAAGAAGUACUGGUACAAGGAGCAAUUGCCGACAAGGGUAUUUCGUCGCCAUCGGAGAUACCGCCGCCCCGUGGAACAGCCUUAGAGUCUGAUGCAGUUCUAACUGAGUCAGAACAAGGGCGCCCAUUUCUACCGCCAUCGUCGGACCUUCAAAAGUGGGUUGCGUCUACAUUGUCAUUACAUAAAGGUGAGCCAAAUCCCAGUCUACAAGAGCCCUUUCCCGAUAAUAGCGAGGAAUCACUGUCGAAUAGAAUCGGAGUCGCUUUAGAGGCAAAGCAGAGCGGACCAUGUGAACAAAUUGCCAGGAGUGAACCAGUCCAGCAAUCGCCCGAAAUCAAAUCACAGAAUGGGAGCCCAACGGAGGAGAUGGAAACCAAAAAUUACGACCAAGGUCGUGGUAGGAUUACGGCGGAUGACGACGCAGUGACAGAAGAAGGCGUGUUGGAUGAUGAGCAAACUCUCGUAGAGAUUACAGCACCGAAAGUGUUGGAACGGGCAGCCUCGGAGCUUGUUGCCCAACUCUCUGAAGCAGUAUCUACCUAA